AUGGGGGCAAAGAGUGUAACAGCCUCUUCUUCAAAGAAGAUUAAAAACCGGCAUAAUGGGAAAGUGAAAAAGAGCAAGAAAAUCAAGAAAGUACGGAAACCACAGAAGUCUAUAUCCUUGAACGACGAAAACGAAGUAGAGAUUUUACCUAGUCGUAAUGAGCAAGAGACAAAUAAAUUACCUAAAGAUCACGUCACGGCGGAUGGAAUUCUUGUAUUAGAACAUAAAUCUGAUGAUGAUGAAGGAUUCGAUGUCUACGAUGGACAUUUCGAUAACCCUACUGAUAUUCCCUCGACUACUGAAGAAAGUAAAACGCCUUCAUUAGCAGUGCACGGGGAUGAGAAGGAUCUUGCUAACAAUGAUGAUUUUAUCUCUCUUUCUGCUAGUUCUGAGGAUGAGCAAGCCGAACAGGAAGAGGAGAGGGAGAAACAAGAAUUAGAAAUUAAAAAAGAAAAGCAAAAGGAAAUCCUUAAUACUGAUUAUCCAUGGAUUUUAAAUCAUGAUCACUCCAAACAGAAAGAAAUCUCGGACUGGCUAACCUUUGAAAUCAAGGAUUUUGUUGCCUAUAUCUCACCAAGUCGUGAAGAAAUUGAAAUUCGUAAUCAAACCAUAAGUACAAUAAGAGAGGCUGUCAAACAGUUAUGGCCAGAUGCUGAUUUGCACGUGUUUGGAUCAUAUUCUACCGAUUUGUAUUUGCCUGGUUCCGAUAUUGAUUGCGUGGUAACGAGCGAACUUGGUGGUAAGGAAAGUAGGAAUAACUUGUAUUCGUUAGCAAGCCAUUUAAAAAAAAAAAAUUUGGCAACAGAGGUUGAAGUUGUCGCCAAAGCUCGCGUUCCAAUCAUCAAGUUUGUUGAGCCACAUUCAGGGAUCCACAUAGAUGUUUCAUUUGAGAGAACAAAUGGUAUUGAAGCAGCAAAGCUUAUUAGAGAGUGGUUGGACGAUACCCCCGGCCUGAGAGAAUUAGUCCUUAUCGUAAAACAAUUCCUACACGCAAGAAGACUAAAUAAUGUGCAUACCGGUGGUCUUGGUGGGUUUAGUAUUAUAUGUCUUGUCUUUUCCUUUUUGCAUAUGCACCCACGUAUAAUAACUAACGAAAUAGAUCCAAAGGACAACUUGGGUGUGCUCCUGAUAGAGUUUUUUGAACUUUAUGGGAAAAAUUUUGGUUAUGAUGAUGUUGCACUGGGAUCAUCGGAUGGAUAUCCAGUAUACUUUCCAAAAUCGACAUGGAGUGCUAUUCAGCCUAUUAAAAAUCCAUUUUCAUUGGCCAUUCAAGAUCCAGGUGAUGAAUCAAAUAACAUCAGUCGAGGGUCCUUUAACAUUCGAGAUAUUAAAAAGGCAUUUGCUGGUGCUUUUGAUCUGUUGACGAAUAGAUGUUUUGAAUUACAUUCAGCAACUUUUAAGGAUCGAUUGGGGAAAAGUAUAUUGGGAAACGUGAUCAAAUAUCGUGGAAAGGCAAGAGAUUUCAAGGAUGAAAGAGGUCUAGUACUGAAUAAGGCUAUUAUUGAAAAUGAAAACUAUCACAAGAAACGUAGCAGAAUAAUUCAUGAUGAAGAUUUUGCCGAAGAUACAGUUACCUCCACAGCCACCGCUACCACAACAGAUGAUGAUUAUGAAAUAACGAACCCACCUGCUAAGAAGGCUAAAAUAGAAGAAAAACCUGAAAGUGAACCGGCCAAGAGAAAUAGUGGAGAGACAUAUAUCACUGUCUCUAGCGAAGAUGAUGAUGAAGAUGGAUAUAAUCCUUAUACCCUUUAA